UUUUUACAUCGAUUUUGUCUUUUUAACUAGAUAUUUACAGAUGAAGAGGGCGCAGUGUACAGGAUGUGUCGUACACUGUACAGCACGCUAUCCACUCUAGCUCACGCCGCCCUCACCAUGACGUUCCUGUCGUUCUUUCUCACCGCGCUCAGCUUCAGCAUCAACUGCGCCAUCGAGUUUACCCUGGAGAUGAUCGCUCCCGGGUCCGAUGCGUCGACGAGCCGCAGAAAUUUCUACUCCGCGUGCCAGUUCGUGAUGCUGCUCUACACCCUCUUCAACACUUCUCUCAUAAUGUCCCUCUUCUGGGAAGUCCUACGAGCCGUCAUGUACAAGCGGUCUCCGCGGUUUACGCAUGCGUGCAAUGCCCUUUUCCUGGUCAUCUUGAUAGCGUCCGGUAUUUGGGCGGGGUCUACAAGGGGCGCUAGCACUGGAUUUGUCCGGUUUUUGUCCGACUGUUUAGUCGUGUCUUGGACCAUUGCGUUUAUCUUAUCGAUAUUUGGGGCCCUUUUUUUACUAUGCAGUAUCUACAAGGAGCCCUUAGCUAAAGAUUUGCCAGAAUGCGUAGCUUCCUAUAGCUAUAUUUUCUUUUUUACCUUUGUAUUUUCGAUUCUUUCUCCUGUCGCGUUUAGUCUAGUAGGAUCUUCCAUUGGAAGUAUAUGCUUUGCCUUUUUCUAUCCUUUUAUUUCUGGUAUUUUUGCAAUAUAUUUGAUAUGCUUUAGGGGUUGUCGCAAAGAAAAAGAGAAUUUUGUGAUAAAAACAUCCAUGCUGAUGAUCAUCGGAAUCGCCUACUUUGCGAUUAUAAUUCUAGCCUCUAAUGCGCGGGUUACCUGUGGUGCUGAUUGUCAGCUGGGGCCUACUACCAAGCUCAGUCAUUCGUAUCAUACAAAGAGGCCAAAUAAGCUUGGGUACCCUAUAUGCGGUAAGACAUGGGGUUCACUUGAACUGCGCAUCACAGACUGGGCGUUUAUGGCAGAUCUUGCAUACAAAAUCGGCGGCAACAAGACUCAAUUCCUACACAGAGUCGACGAGUACUUCAAAGAGCGCGGUAAAAGAUGGGAAAUUAUUACCAUGACAACUAAGAAACCUACAUUUUACCAUAUAAGGGAAGUGGAGCGAAAAGUGAAUAUUGUUGGUAUUCGUGGGACUGCAGACUCAAGGGAUUGGUUCGAGAAUGCAAAAAUAUGGAAUGAGAUCGCUACGUUUCAAGUGACGUCAGUUUUCUUGCCUAUUCAGCAUUUACCGCUCGAUUUUAUUGCCUUCUUUAUCGCGAGGGCUUCUUUUCUCGACUACACCUUGCACCACGCCAGCUACAAUUACUAUUUCAAGGUGAUCGAGCAGUACGUGCAAGACAUUAGUGCCAACACGACAGAAGAGGUGUACCUGGUCGGCCACUCUCUGGGAGGGGGUGUAGCUAAACUGGUUGGGUGUCGAAAUCAAGUCCAGGCUAUCUCCCUCUCAAGCCCUGGCGAGAUCUACAACCACGGCAAGUUCGGCUACUCUUUGGAUGACAUCCAGGAAUACACAACGUCUGUGAUCGCCCAACACGACUUGGUCACAUGGAUAGACAAGCACGGAGGCCUGGUGCAGUAUGUGGAGUGUGACGACAGCAGCUUCUUAAACUGUCACAGCAUCAGGAAAACCUACUGUGAGCUGAAGAAAAAGUGCGACAGCGUGACAGCGAUAGACUGCCCAUAGCGUGACACCGAAAGACGGCCUCUUACUUGAUACCGAUGGGCUGCCCAUGACGAGCUAUUGCUUGAAACUGAUAAAUUACUCAUAGCGUAUAGGGUGACACAGAUGGACUAUGCUAGCGUGGCACCGAUAGAUUAUGCAUAGCGUGACACCGAUAAACUAUGCAUUGAAUGACGUCGAUAGACUUCUCAUAGCGUGACAAUGACGUGAUAAUAACUAUGCAUAGCGUGACACCAAUAGACUAUGCUAGCGUGACACUGAUAGACUAUAUUAGCGUGACGCCUAUAGACUGUCCAGAGCGAGUAAAACGAUAGGUUAUGCUAGCGUGACACCGAUAGAGUUUGCAAGCGUGACACUGAUGGACUAUGCUAGCGUGACGCCGAUGGACUAUGCUAGCGUGACACCGAUAGUGUAUAGUGUGAAACCGAUAGAGUAUGCUAGCGUGACGCCGAUAGACUAUGCAUUUUUUAGAUAGCAGUUUCAUGGAUCAGCGUACCAAUUAGGAUGUUCGCAUCCCCAAGAAGGAUAUUAUAAUGCCCUCCUCGAAGCUCAAGAAAUACUCCCAUCUCUUACAAAAUAAAUAAUAGCAUGAUAGUAUGGGAUUUGAGUAAUUUUGUAUUAAAUGAACAUGCGUUUGUUUUAAGUGCUAUCUCUAAGGUUUAGAACUACCAGACCGCACCUAAUGUACUAUCUUCUAGGAAUAAAACUGAUAUUGCCGCGAUAA